AUUACUUUUUACGGAAGAGAAUCUCGUUCCUCGAAGUUCACAAUUUCAUUCAAAAACUUCACUACAAACGUUACUACACACGCAAUGCUUGAAUUUUUAAAGCGCGCAAGCGUAGGAGAACAAUGAAGUUGACAUUAUGGCUAACUUUGCGUUUCCACGACCAGUCGCAAUUCAACUCGCGUUCAGAUUUCUUACCAACGGUAGCUUGCACAACGGAUAAGCGCAGCGAGUAUUGACAAACGUUUGUUAAAGUCUAAUAAAGACAUGCCGCGUAACGUAAAUAGCAAAGACGGCAUCGUAUAUGUCAAGCAACCAAUUCGCAAUCUUAUGCUCGCAAUCGGGAUCUGGCCAUCUAGGAGCCAAAAGAGACCCGUGUUCCAGAAAGUUUACAACCUUUUUCUAAAUUUUAGCUCCAAUUUGCUUUUCGCCUGCGAAAUUAUACCCGGUAUCAUUUAUUGGUUAAUGGAAGAAUCAGUGCGUAUACGACUUCAAUUGAUCCUUCUUCUUCCCUACAUUUUCUUGUGUGCCUUUCAAUAUGAUAUCAUUUUAUCUCGCAAUGAUAACAUUCGACAAUGCUGGAAGCAUGUCGAGGAGGAUUGGCGGAAUGCUUUCGGUACAGACGAUCGAAAUAUUAUGUUCAGAUGCGCAAAGGCUGCGAAGUUUCUAAUUUUAAUCUGUGGUGUCCUCAUGUACAGUGGCGUAGCUAUGUAUCGAAUAAUCUUGCCAUUGUCGCGAGGAGACAUUGUCACGAAUCAGAAUGUCACGAUCAGACCCUUGGCCUGUCCAGUGAAUUUUUUAUUUAUCGACGUGCAAGCCAGCCCUUUUUACGAGAUAAUAUUUACGUUUCAAUCUCUAACGGGACUUCUUAUAGUUUCGAUUACGACGAGCACGUACGGUCUUCUAGCAUAUUUUGUGGAGCAUGCCAGUGGUCAAAUGAAGAUCUUGAUCUGCUUAAUGAAGAAUCUCGUCCGAGAACAGAAGGAGGAGGAAGUGGAUAAGAAGUUAGCUCAAGUAGUUGAACAUCAAAUAAGAGUGCACAGUUUUCUGCAGAUGGUACAAUAUACCAUGCAGGAAAUAUGUUUGGGAGAAAUAAUGGUGAAUACUGUAACCAUCUGCCUUCUGCUGUAUUUUGCAAUAUUGGUUCGUAUACGUUUAUAAGUUGAUUUUGAUAAAAAAGCGAUUGUAAUGUUUCGAUGUAUAUUAUU